AUGCAACUGUACGCACCGCUCUGGAGUACCGGACCCAAAUACGACAGGCAAGGGAGAAUCCCAGCUCGACCGUCUGCCGCCGCGUAUACCUACUCUGGACCGGGAGACACUCGUUCGCUCGGAAGUCGCUGUAGCAGCAAGAGGAACCCUCAUCGACUCGAUCAGAAAGUCUCUGAAGUGAAAAAGAUGGCGUCUGCUUGCUCCACGUGUGCUUAUAUGCUGGGUAUAGAUACAACUCCCUCCAGUGAACAACUCAAGAAGAGUUUUGCAGUGACUGUCCUGAAUGACCCAAAUAGACACAACCUUCACUUGGAAAAUCAAGACUUCACAAGAACUGACAGUUUUGAAAUGGAGUCAUCAGGAAAACUGCUGUCAGCACGACUGCUUUCCCUGCUCAAGAAUGGACAAUGGGAUAAAGAUGAUGUUGUGAAGUUGUUUAAAGCCCUGGUGGAGCAGUUUAAUGGCAGGAAUGAAGAUUUUCACACAUGGAUGAUGAAAACCCUUCAUCAAGUGGAGAUUCACAAAAUAAGCGUAUCAGAUUUGACUAUGAAUGGUGAGAUUGUGGAUGAUGUUGAGGACAAAAUUAACAAAAUAACCAGAAACACUGAGGAGAAAACACUGGAUGAGAUUCUAAAGGAAAUUGAAGAGCAAGCAGUUAUAGAUGAACAAACUCUGGCAGAAGUGAAAGACAUUGUGAGCUCUGUGUCCAAAUGUCUAUCAGCUUCUUCAGCAUCACAUCUACAAGGAAUAAAGCAACGGCUGUUUCAACUCUGCAAAGCUGUAGAAAAGACAAUGAAACUCACACCUCGACUGACUCAGAUGGUGAGCUGGUGCAUUCUGGUGCUUUCUGAAUCCAGUCGGCUGGUUCAGGUUGGAACAGGAGAAGGAAAGUCGUGUAUUGUGGCCAUGUUUGCAGCAUAUCAGGUCAUGAUGCGAAAAACCCCAGACAUCAUCUCCAGUUCUCCAGUACUUGCCGAAAGAGACUGUAGAGAAUGGCUUCGCUUCUAUAAAGAACUGAACAUCACUGCUGAUGUAAACACCAACAAAUCAAAAGACAAAGAGCUGAAAGAGUGCUAUGAAUGUCAGGUGGUCUACGGUACAUCUGAUAGCUUUGCAGGUGAUUUUCUGCGGCAGCGUUUCCACAGGAGAGAAGUGAGACCUAAGAGAGACUUUCAGUGUGUGAUAGUGGACGAGGUGGACUCGCUAAUGCUGGACAAAGGUCUUGAAGUGGUCUACUUAAACACUGAUAUGCCUCUCAUGGAGUCUCUGAAUGGGAUUCUGGCUGAAAUCUGGCUAAUCAUCAACCAAGUGAAGUUUUUAGACACUGGAGAGAUUUUAGGUCCUAUCCAGAGUUUCCAUCAGGUACUGUCUGAGAUCAUAAAAGAAGACACUGAUAAAGCUAGUAUGGAAGACCUCAUCAAUGGCAAAGCACAAAUCUGGAUUGAAAAUGCUCUGCAGGCCACUAAAAUGACUCUGGGCCAUGAAUAUAUUCUUCAUGAAGACGGAGUUGUUCCUGUGGAUUAUAAAUGCACUGGUGUUGUCCAGAACAACAUGAGAUGGGGUGAAGGACUUCAGCAGUUCCUGGAGAUGAAACACCAAACCAAACUCUCCAAUAUGAGUCUUAUAACAAACUUCAUGUCCAAUGUUGGCUUAUUCAAGAAAUACAAUGACCAGAUCUAUGGGAUAACGGGAACUUUAGGUGAUCAAACAGAGCUUGACAUGCUGAAAAAACUCUACAAUGGCAUGAAGACCUGCAACAUUCCCUCAUUCAGAAGGAGGAAACUUUACGAGCUGGAAGGCCUGGUGAUUCCUGAAGAGGACGAGUGGAUCAGGACCGUCUGUGAUGCUGUUAAACAUCAAGUGUUUCCUACAGUGUAUCGAGGUCCACGAGCAGCUCUCAUCAUCUGUGAAACAAUCAAUCGUGCUGAAAAGUUUCACAUGACCCUCGCAGAAACCAUUUCAAAAGACAAACUGAAACUCUACGUGAAUAACAACAUGAAUAACUCCACAGUGAUAGAUCAAACUGUUCAAGGUGGUGAUGUGAUCAUUGCAACUAAUCUAGCAGGUCGAGGUACAGACCUAAAGGUCAGUGAAAGUGUAAAUGAAGCAGGAGGUCUGUUUGUGCUGCAAACCUUCUUACCUCUGAACAUCCGUGUUGAACAGCAAGCGUUUGGACGAACGGCUCGACAAGGAAGUCCAGGAUCUGCUCAACUCAUCAUGUGUGCCAGCCAUUUCUCUGAAUCAGUCAAACUAGUUAUGGACCUGAAGACACCUCUACCAGGUUUACUCAGCCAUCGUGAUGUGAUUGUUUCCUCUCUUCAUGAGUGUUGGGGUUUGUGGCUCCUGAUUAAUUCCAGUGAGGAAAAGCCCACAGAGAUGCUGAAGGAAAAGCUGAAAGUGGACUUGUCAAGUGCAAAGCAGAAACUUUUUAGUAAACAGUCUCCAUCCUCAAUGGUCUACUAUUACAUCAGGUCUGGAAACAGUCUUCGUGAAAAGGGACACCUUGCAGAGAGCAUUGAGAUGUACACCAAAGCUCUGGAGGAUGAUCUGACCUAUAGAGAACCUGUGGGGUUUUGUGAAGAGGAAGAUGUGAUACACCAGACCCAACACCGCAGAAGAGCUUAUGGACAUUUUUCAGAGUAA